AUGCUGGCUGGGGGCCCCUCUAGUGCAGCAGCAGUUCAAGGAGCAGCUUUGAAGGGAGGCUACACAGCAAUUGUGCUCGCAGACCUGCUGCACGAGGCCACCAUAGAGCAGGCUGCUGCCCUCCCUGCUGCUGCUGCUGCUGCUGCUGCUGCUGCUGCUGACUGCGUGGAGACUCGGCGGGGCGAUCUUUUUGCUGCUGUGGCGCUCUGCAACGAAGGCUUGAGUGCCCUUAUUGCUUCUUCUUUUCCUCUAUCUUUUGCUGAUUUGCAAAACCUGCAGCUGCAGCAGGAAGAAGCAGAGAGGUGCGCGCUGCUGCUGCACGCGCUGCUGCAGUGCUGCCUCAGAGCCUUCACUGCAGCAGCAGAAUGGGAAGAGGCGCAGCUCGCGGCAGCUUCUGCUGCCUCCGGGGGGCCCUUGCCUGGUGGAGCCCUGCCGCAGCAGGAGCAGAAACAGCGGCAGCAGCAGCAGCAGCAGCAGCAGCAGCAGGGCGCAGAGGCCGCCCCCGCGCGCGGGGGACCCUUCGGCGCAGCAGCAGCAGCAGCAGCAGCAACAGGAAGUGCGGACAGCAGCCCGGAGCUGUUUGCUGCUAGGGACCGCCGUCACCUGCAUGCGCUUUCUCUUUGUCUGCAGCACUUGCAUGAUUUGUUUCGAGAAGAAGCCAGAGGCGUUUUAAAAGAAUUCAAAAACUUCAUUUGCUGCCUCAUCAGCUGCUGCGCACAAAAACGCUGCCCCCGCCUCCGCAUCUUUUUGCUGUCGCACUGCUUCUCGCUGCUGCUGGCAGACGCAGCAGCCUGCAGGCCCCAGGGGCCCCCGGGGGGCCCCCUGGGGCCCCCGGGGGCCCCCUGGGGCCCCUGGGGGCCCUCCCCGGGCUACCCCGGGGCUUGCAUGCAGCAGCCUAUGGGCCGGGGGCCCCUAGGGGGCCCCCCAGUGGAGUCUCUCAGGCGCCGUCGGCUGCUGGGGCCCUCCCUAGUUGAGUGCCUCGCGGCGCCGCUGCUGUUUGCUGCAGGCAGGGAAGCAGCAGCAGCAGCAGCAGCAGCAACAGCAGCAGCAGCAGCAUCUGCUGCUGGUGACGACGAGGGGACGCGCUUCCUUUGCAGUGUAUGGUGUCUCCUUUGGGAUCGUCUGCUUCCGCUAACUUCUCCCCCGUGGGAACUUUUCCUCUUGGGGCUGGGCCCCACAGCUGCUGCUGCUGCUGCUGCUGCUGCUGCUGCAGACAGAGUCAUGGGGCUGGGGGUUUGUCAGCUGCAGGUCUUUGCUGCUGCCUGCGCCCUUCUGGAGGCUCUUUUUGCGGUGACGCCGCUGGCCGUGCUGCGGGAAAGAGUGGUUCCUCUCAUCCAGCAGCAGCAGCAGCAGCAGCAGCAGCAGCAGCAGCAGCUUGGCAGCUUCUCCUUGCCCGCGGCUGCUGCAGCGUCCCAAACUGCUGCUGCUGCUGCUGCUACUGCCCGCAGCACACGCACAACUGUGACACGGGAAGCCAUAGCAAGCCUCUCUGCUGCCUUGAGGACUCUCUUAGCUGCGCCCUUCUCUCGAAGGCCCCUCGAGGGUUUCUGGGGUUUGCCAGUGGCUGGGGGCAGCGCAGCAGCCACGGGGAGCCGCGCUGCUGCUGCUGCUGCUGCUGCUGCUGCUGCGCCUGCUGCUGCUGCUGCGUCGUGGCUGGGGGACCUGUACGACUCGUGGCUGCGGCGCAGCCGCGUGGGCGCCUACAGCUGCCUCAGCGCAGCUGUCUGCAGCACCCAAACAAAUCCUUCUUUGUACUUUUCUCUUUUGUCUGGAGAAGCUGCCCAGCUGCUGCUGCUGCUGGACCCAGAGCUGCUGCACUACGCGCAGCAGAUGCGCGAGCAGGUGGACACCGCGCUGCCCUUGUGGGGCCCCCGGGGUGCCCCCGAGAGAUCCCCCCAGGGGGCCUCCGAGGGGGGCCCCCAGGGGGCCCCCGGGGGGGCCCCCCGGGGGCCCUUCCAGGGGCAGUUUCCGGGUGCAUCAUCUCUGGUUGCCGCUGCUGCUGGGAGAGGCUGGCAGCUGCAGGAAGAGGAGCUGGAGGGUACUGGGGGGCCCCCGGGGGCCCCACUAGCCGCGGGUGAGUCUACUUUAAGUUUGGUGGAAGCAGCAAAAUCAUUCUCCGGAAGGUUCCUCAGUGCCUCCCAAGGCCUUUCUUUGGGGGCCCCAGGGGCCCUGCAGCAGGGGCUGCUGCUGCUGUCGCAGUCUGCGAGGCCGCCUGGGAGAGUGUGGGGCCGCAGUGCGCGGCAGCAGCAGCAGCAGCAGCAGCAGCUGCUGCUGCUGCAUGCAGCCUCCCAGACUCUGGGGCCCCACAGCCUCGCGGCUGGCCACUGGCUGCGCAGCCUUUCUUUAGCCCCGGGGCUGUCCGCGGCCUUUGCCCAGGCAGAAGCAGACAGAGUCAGUGCAGCAGCAGCCCCACACAGCAGCAGCAGCAGCUGCUGGCAGCAGCCACAGAGCAGCAGCCCGCAGCAACAAGUGGAGGCGGUCUUGUCUGGCCGCGCCCACGCACUUUCCCCCCAGAACCCCAAUGGGCCUCCUUAUGACGACGCCGUUGGCAGGGCUGCUCUGCUGCAGCAGCUGCUGCGGCUGGUAGACUGCUGCAGCGCCCGCUUCAGCGAGUCCUGGGGCGCAGCUGCUGCUGCAGCAGCAGGAGAAAAGGCCCAGGGGCUGCCCCCGCUGAUGGAGUCGCUGGUGCGCUGCUGCAGCCCAGGAGCAGCAGCAGCAGCAGCAGCAGCAGCAGGGACGGGCGCGGCCGCAGACACAGAAGCAGCAGCAGCAGCAGGAGGGAAGACUGCAGGGGACAGGGCUUGGGCCUUUGGCCUCCUGCUGCUGCGCCUGCUGCUGCAGCGGGCGCAGCUGCUGCGGCCCCUCGCAGACAGGGGCUUGCUGGACUUUGUUGCGGAAACAGCAGCAGAUGGCCGCAUGCUCGGUGCCAAGAGACUGCACUACUGGAUGCGUGACACAGCGCUGCUGCUCAUCCAAUGGCUGCAGCCGCACUCCCCACAGGCGCCUGGCUGGAGCCCCCCGGGCGCGGCCGCGACCGCCCCGCAGCCCCCCCAGCAGCAGCAGCAGCAGCAGCAGCAGCAGCAGCAGCAGCAGCAGCAGCCGCUGCAGCCGCUCACGGCUGCGCGGCUCGCGAGCUUCGCAGAGGCCCUUAUCAAGCUGUCGACCAGCAUCGACCCGCCCACGCACAAGCUGAACCUGAUGCUGGUGGGCUCUUUCCUAGAGUUGCUGCACCUGCGUUUGGGGGGCGUGGGGGGCCCCUCUUGGGGUUUGUCUUUGCCCGCAGCAGCAGCAGCCAGGGGCCCCUGGGGGCCCGGAGGGGGGGCCCCCCAGGGGCUCCAGGGGCAUCAGGGGCCCCAGGGGCCCCAGGGGCCCUGGGGGCCCCCCUCUGCCCCCCAAGGAAUCCCCUUUCUGCAGCUUUCUUUGCUGCCCUUUUUUGUCUACGAGAGCAGCAGCAGCGUCGAGGAGACAGCGAGAUUUCGCCUCGGGGGUGCAGCUCUUCUUCAGCUGCUGGGGCCCCUCCAGCAGCAGCAGCAGCAGCAGCUGGCGCUGCAGCACCCGGGAGGGGGCCCCUACGACCAACUGCUCUUGAGCAAGAGUCUCCUGCUGGCUGUGCCCCGCGCCCUGUUCUUCCCUGCUGCUGCUGUGGCGCUGCAGGCAGCAAAUGCUUGCUGCUGUCUUUUAAAUUCCUUUCCCGUGGCAGCAGCAAGCAGCUCUUUGCAUGCGACGGGGCUGGCCUUUCUGCGGUCCACCUACAGGCGGCUGCAGCAGCUGCAAGCAGCAGAAGCAGCAGCAGCAGCAGCAGGAAGGCCCCCCGCCCUCUGCGGCUGCGUCUCAGCCCGCCCGCAGCAGCAGGGGGGCCCCCCAGGGGCCCCCGCUGGAGCCCCUGGGGACUCCGGGGGGCCCCCAGGGAAUGAAGACACUGCUGCUGACAGCAGCAAAAGAGAAAAGACCCUGCAAAUGCUUUAUUCUUUUAAUUAUGAUGGCCGUUACUGCCCCGUGGCUGCUGCUUUUGCUGCUGCGCAGCCGCUGCUGUUUCUGGGGGCCCCCGCCUCGGCCGCGCGCGAGGCCUUCGCGGGUCUCCUGCAUCGGCUGCAGCAGCUGCAGCAGCAGCAGCAGCAGCAGCAGCAGCAGUCCUCUGCGUCUCCAGGCAGCAGCUCCUCGUCCCGGAGAAAAGAAAACCAGAAAAUAAUUAGUUUGCUCUCAGCAGUGCGCGCCAUUUGCUGCUGCAGUGUCCCCCAAGAGGCCCGGGGGGCCCCCGGGGCUGCCGUGCUGCUGGCGGCUUUCGGGGGGGGCCCCCCUGCUGCAGCAGGGGCCCCCAGCCCCGGGGAGGGGCCCCCAGCCAGGGGGCCCCCCGCCCAGGGGGACUUUGAAGACUUGGAAGCAGCUUUGGAUCUGCUGCAGCAGCGGCAGCAAGACUCUGUUGCUGCUGCUGUUGAGGCCCUAGAGGAACUUUGGGGAGAACUCUUGAACCACCGCAGGUGCGCGAGGCAGCACGCAGCAGUUGCUGCUGCUGCUGCAGCUGCAGCCGCUGCCGCUUCUGCUGCAGCCACUGCUGCAGCCGCUGCUGCAGCCGCUGCUGCGCUGCUGCAACAGGGCAGCAGCAGGGCACAGUUGCCUCUAUGUGUUGCUGCACGGGCGUGA